AUGGGUGUUCACCGACAACCUAGUACUAGCCGGUCUAACGGAUAUUUCAUUCAAGAUUGGCAACAAACUGUAAUUUAUAGCAUGAGAAAAGGUUCCUGGUAUUUAAUCACUCAAAGGUUUCCAUCGUGCGUGACAAGGAUUCAUUCUCAAGCUGCAGUUUGUGUAGAUGGCCAUGAUGGUCAUCUUCAUUGGCUUGGUUAUAUUGAUGAGGAGAUGAAGGCACAAACGAUAGUGGCAUUUGAUUUGGGCGUGGAGACAUUCUGUGAGAUACCUCUUCCACAUUCUAUACUACAUCACCAUGGACACUACUGGUUCAGUGUGUUAGGAGUUUUGGAUGGAAAGCUUUGUGCGAUGUCAAGGGCUAAAGGUGAGAGAUGCGAGGUGUGGGUAAUGGAAGAGUAUAGGGUGGCUGAAUCAUGGGUCAAACAUCAUGUUUUUUCACAGUUUAGUGGUAUAAUUCCAAUUGGAUUCACAUUACACACUGAGUUUGUUUUUUAUGGAUAUCCUCAUGGUCUAGCUUUGUUCGACCCAAUUUCAGCCAAGGUUAAAAGCAUAGAUACUCCAGCUACACAUGUUGGCAUGAUUAAAAUUCUCGAGUACGUGGACAGUCUUGUUUGGAUAGUACCUGUUAAGCGUGAGAUCAAGUGUUUCAACAUCUCUGAUCACUUUGCAAAAUUGAAAAGAGGCUUCAACACGAUGGCUUUUGCAUUUGGGGUUCAUAAUUUGAUGUCAAUUAAACUGUAUCAAGGAAUGGAAGGAGGUGGCUUCUGGAUUAGUCUCUAA